AUGGAUCAUUCUACACGGUCGUCAAGGGAAUUACCCGGGGUCCCGUCAUCUAGGGCUGGGCAUCGGCGUGAUUCCAUGAGAAGCAGCUACAGUGUCAUUUCAGAUGUGGAGAUGGCCCGCGACGAGGUUUUCGAUGGGCCAAUCUCAGAGAGCAUUCCAUCCAGCGUCGUCUCCUUCUCCAAUCGACGAAGCCGGAAAAACUCUUCCAUUAGUUUCACGUAUUUCCAAGAUGAAGGGGGCCAUGCCGAAUGGCCAAUCGAGGAUGCCAUGGAUACCCGCAGCGAGAUCGACGGAAUGUCCAUCGACACCAGCGCACCAAAUGACGAUUCUGGAUCCAAAGUAUCUUCACCGAGAGGUUCAGUCGAAGAACCUCUACUUCCGCGCCGGCUGUCAUCUAGUAGCUCAUAUGGCCAACCCCGAAGACACGAUGCGAGGUUAAAACACAAAAUCCACAUCGAAUCUGAAGACCUAACAGUUGUUGUCGCUGGCUUUUCCACGGACUUAACUGGAUUACUGAUGUACAUUGUUUUAUGCAUCUUGACACUAGGGUUGGCUUGUCUAGUGUUUAGAUGGUUUCCUAGGUGGCGAGUACGGCUGAUCGGGAGACCGACACGACUUCAGACCUGCCAAUGGGUUGCAAUUGAAGAUCAACGGAACCAGUUCAGCGUGUAUAAAGUUAUCGAGCAGGAAUAUGGUCGUCCUCUUUCAACUAUCUUUGCAAGCCCGGAAAUUUGCUCAAAUGAUGAAGACAAUGACCCGACAAUACCACUAUUGCGUUUCGUUGAAUACAGGUAUCUACGUUUUUUCUACCACCCUAUCCUAGACAGAUUUUGUUUGGUUAGUGGCUGGAGGGAUCCUUUGUGGACAAAUUCGAAGGUAAUGCGAAAUGGAUUGGAUGCCGAUGAUCGCGACAGUCGCGAGCAAAUAUUUGGCAAGAACCUCCUUGAUAUCCAGCAAAAGUCAUCAGGUCAAUUGCUUGUGGACGAGGCAUUCCACCCAUUCUAUAUAUUCCAACUCGCGAGCCUCAUCCUUUGGUCAAUGGACGAAUAUUACUACUAUGCUGUUUGUAUAUUCGUCAUAUCUGUCUUCAGUAUAGGCUCGACGGUCAUUGAAACGAAAUCAACCAUGAGUCGGUUGCGGGAAAUCUCAUUGUUCGAGUGUGAUAUUCGUGUUCUCAGAAAUGGUUUCUGGAGAUCUGUUUCUUCUCGAGACCUUGUGCCUGGUGACGUCUUCGAGUUUUCUGACCCGUCUUUACAUCAAGUUCCUUGUGACUGUAUAUUGCUGUCUGGUGACUGUAUUGUGAAUGAAAGCAUGCUCACUGGCGAAUCUGUGCCUGUCUCAAAAAGUCCGCUAACAGACAGUGCACUCAAGUAUCUUAACCUGAGUGCCCCAUCCAUCCAUCCUGCUAUUGCCAAACACUUCUGUUUCAAUGGGACAAAAGUGAUUCGGGCUCGACGUCCGCAAAAUGUUGAUGAUGAUGAAGCCAUUGCAUUAGCGAUUGUCGUGAGAACAGGUUUCACAACAACAAAAGGCGCACUGGUACGCUCCAUGCUGUUUCCCAAACCCACUGGUUUCAAAUUCUAUCGCGACUCCUUCCGCUACAUAUCUGUUAUGGGUGUGAUUGCUAUCCUGGGUUUCAUCACUUCAUUUGUGAACUUCAUUCGACUAGGACUUUCCUGGCAUCUGAUAGUUGUCAGAGCACUUGAUUUGAUCACCAUCAUUGUGCCACCUGCUUUGCCUGCGACACUGACAAUCGGUACCAAUUUCGCGCUUUCUCGACUGAAACAGCACAAGAUAUUUUGCAUUAGUCCACAAAGGGUCAAUGUAGGUGGCAAAUUAGAUGUUGUCUGCUUCGACAAGACAGGCACUCUGACGGAGGAUGGGCUGGACGUUCUUGGGGUGCGGUCUGUGAACCGGGAUAUGAGUCUUUCUGAUGUUCUUUCCGAAGAAUCUUUGAGGCUUUCGGCUCCAGACCCUGACGCUUCGUUCGAUAUUGAGAAGAGGAACAGUCUUAUAUACACCAUGGCAACAUGUCACUCCCUGAGAGUUGUAGAUGAUGAACUCUUAGGGGACCCUCUGGAUGUGAAGAUGUUCCAAUUCACAGGCUGGACUUACCAAGAAGGCGGAAGUCAGGGUUCUGAGCAACAGAAUUCCAAGUAUGAAACUAUAAUGCCGUCUAUUGCAAAGCCGGCAAUAUCCCAAGUCAAUGACUAUCAAGAUAAUGGAGCCAAUGCCCAUUUGGAGCUAGGCAUUUUGCGUAAUUUCGAAUUUGUGUCACAGCUUCGCCGCUCAAGUGUAGUGGUGCGACAAUUUGGUGACAGUGGUGCUAGCAUCUUUGUGAAAGGAGCACCAGAAAGUGUGAAGGAUAUAUGUCUUCCUGAAAGCUUGCCCUGGGAUUUUGAUGAUCUUUUGAAUCAUUACACUCACAAAGGUUACCGUGUUAUUGCUUGUGCCACUAGGUAUAUACCAAGAUUAAGCUGGAUGAAGGCACAGAAAAUGGAACGGAGAGACACAGAACGUGACUUGACAUUCCUUGGGUUUAUUAUUUUCGAGAAUAAACUUAAGUCAGGCACUGCCAAAACUAUUGCGGAGUUGAAUCAUGCUGGAAUUCGGAAUAUCAUGUGCACUGGUGAUAAUAUACUGACAGCGAUCAGUGUUGCUCGUGAGUGUGGGUUGAUCAGCAAAGACGAAAAGUGCUUCAUCCCGCACUUUGUUGAAGGUCAUUCUCCUGGCGAGUCCUCACUAUCCUGGGAAAGCGUCGAUGAUCCAACUUUUACGCUUGACCAGAAUACAUUAAUGCCUUCUUUGGACUCCCCUGAAGUUGAUCUAUCAGUACCAACCAAUGCUUGUAACAUUAGCAAGUAUUCACUGGCUGUCACUGGAGAUGUGUUCAGGUGGAUGCUGGAAUACAGCAGCGAGACUGUCGUCAAACGCGUCCUCGCGCGUGGAAAUGUCUUUGCACGAAUGUCACCCGACGAAAAACAUGAGCUGGUCGAAAAGCUUCAGUCCAUUGAUUACUGCUGUGGGUUUUGCGGCGACGGCGCGAACGAUUGCGGCGCAUUAAAAGCUGCAGAUGUCGGUAUAUCUUUAUCUGAUGCCGAAGCUUCUGUUGCUGCCCCCUUUACCAGUCGCCAGUUCGACAUAUCUUGUGUACCUACACUGAUAAGGGAAGGCCGAGCAGCUUUGGUCACUAGUUUUUGUUGUUUUAAAUACAUGAGUCUUUACUCGGCCAUCCAAUUCUCCACGGUCAGCUUUCUAUACACGUCAGCCUCGAACCUUGGUGACUUUCAAUUUCUCUUCAUUGAUCUAGCGCUUAUAUUACCUAUCGCAAUAUUCAUGGGUUGGACUGGCCCUUAUCCUAUACUUUCUAAAAAGCGACCAACAGCGGAUCUGGUUUCGCGGAAAGUUCUGACCCCUUUACUCGGGCAAAUUACAAUCUCUGUUUUGACACAGAUGGUUGCAUAUAAGACAGUUCAGUGGCAGCCAUGGUUCCAGCCUCCUCGGGUCGAUUCGGAUAAGAGCAAUAUCGCCAAUUCCGAAAAUACCGCUCUGUUCUUAGUUUCUAGCUUUCAAUACACAUUGGCAAGUGUUGUUCUGAGUGUGGGACCGCCAUUCAGAAUGUCAAUGAGGUCAAACAUACCUUUCGUUCUUGUUCUUCUUAUAGACUUGGCACUUGCCUGCUCCAUGCUCUUCACACCGUCGAAAUGGAUGACUCGAGUCAUGCAGUUAACUUUCUUAUCCGAAGGUUUCGCAUGUUGGUUGUUCUUACUUGUUAUGGGCUCGUUUCUACUCUCUUGGGUCUCGGAGAAGGCAGUUUUCCCUGAACUUGCUAGAGCAGUAGGGCGUGCACAUACCUUCCUGAGACCCGGUCAUCGCAAGCAGCGUCGUCAAUACAAGGUAUUGCUUGAGGAGAUGCAGGUGAAGUAAGAUACGCAAGAGGCUCGAGGCUCGGCGCCAAACGAUAGUUCCAGUCAUCGAUUGGGUUAUCAUUUACUGGUUAUGUGUCCGAAAUUCUGCAUAUAAAUGAUUCCUAUAUGUUUGGAAAGCAAGAGAGCCUUGUAGGAGAGCUCUAAGUCCAGGUAUGUUAUACCAGGAUAUUCCCCACCAGAUCUGAGGCACGAGUUCCUGGGAAAUGAAGUUAUUGAAUGAAUUAUUCGCCGUUUGAGCCUUGUAGCAUAGAAUGGGCAUACACCCAUGCAUAUGAUGUUUGUAUGGGUUACAUCUCAAAUAACUGUUUUUGGUUAAAACCAAUAUUUGAAAUUAUUUUUCUCCCAUAGAUUAUUCCAUGGGCUAGCAAAUAAAAAAACCAUUUAAACACGCCGUUUCCGAGAGCAUUGAUGAGGGGCUUGUAACUCUUGGAUAUCGUCACGGUUUAGUUCUAUGCCAACAAUGAGG